CUUGGCGCCCCCUGGCCCAGCUCCAGCGCCGAAGGUUUCCGGUGAGCGGCAGUAGCCGGUUAUGACGACUCCCUCCUCUGGAACAGCCGCCGUCUCCUCCGCCUACUCCUCGGUAGUCACGGCUGCGCCGGCUCCAGGCCUGUGGAAAUCUAAUCAAGGGUUUCCGGAGUGGAGUGAACCCAGUUGCUUUGAGCUGAAGGAAAAGUAGACUGGCCACCACAGCGGCCGGUGCUGGAGGAGUGCAGCCACCCAUCCCGGCAGGCCUUGCAGGAGGACCGACACCAGGAAGGCUUUGUGCCAGGUCCAGCAGCCACCCUCAGCCGUCUUAUGCAAGUGGGUACAUGCCCUCGGCAGAAGCUAGCUCUCUGAUCUGUGUCUUUAGACUUUUUUCAUCGCCUAAGCGUUACUUCUUCUCUACGGAUCGGUGAGUUUAGUGAUGGCCAGAGCUCACUGGAGGACAAUGGACUUGGAUAACCAAAGGUCAGGGCUUGGUCAUAGCAAUGACUUAUUACCGGAAAGGACGAGUCAAAAAAUAGAAAGGUCUGGGAACCCCCAGGUUCGCCACUCUAGGAUUUAGAGAACUGAAACAUCACAGAAGCUUCUGAGUGGUUCUGAGGAUUCAAGAGGUUUUCAGGUGGCUAUGUUAAUGCUGCUUGUCUUUGGAGUCUUACUUCAUGAAGUCCCACUGAGUGGCCAAAAUGAAGCUCCUCCUAAUAAUCACAGCAUUCCAGGCACACCUCUGUAUAACUAUGCCAGCAUCCGCUUGCCAGAGGAGCACAUUCCCUUCUUUUUGCAUAACAAUAAGCAUAUUGCCACUGUCUGUAAGAAAGACUCUCUCUGUCCAUAUACGAAACACCUAGAAAAUCUAAAGUACUGCUGGGGUUAUGAGAAAUUCUGCAAACCAGAGUUCAGGUUUGGUUACCCAGUUUGCAGCUAUGUCGACAUGGGAUGGACAGACACUCUUGAGUCAGCUGAGGAUAUUUUCUGGAAACAAGCUGACUUUGGAUAUGCCAGAGAGAGGCUGGAGGAGAUGCAUGUGCUCUGUCAGCCUAAGGAAAUGAGUGACUCAAGUCUGGUAUGUUCCCGUUAUCUUCAGUACUGCAGAGCAACCAAUCUUUACCUUGAUUUAAGAAACAUCAAGAGAAAUCAUGACAGAUUUAAGGAGGACUUUUUCCAGAGUGGUGAAAUUGGAGGGCACUGUAAACUUGACAUUCGUACAUUGAUGUCUGAAGGUCAACGCAAAAGCCCUUUGCAGUCAUGGUUUGCUGAGCUACAGAGCUAUACUCAGCUCAACUUCAGACCUAUACAAGAUGCUAAAUGUGACAUUGUCAUUGAAAAACCAACGUAUUUCAUGAAAUUAGAUGCAGGUGUUAAUAUGUAUCACCACUUCUGUGAUUUCAUCAAUCUUUAUAUUACCCAGCACGUUAAUAACUCAUUCAGUACUGAUGUGUACAUCGUGAUGUGGGAUACCAGUUCUUACGGAUAUGGUGACCUAUUCUCUGACACAUGGAAUGCAUUUACUGAUUAUGACAUUAUACAUUUGAAAACUUACGAUUCCAAAAGGGUAUGUUUUAAAGAAGCUGUUUUUUCAUUACUCCCCCGUAUGAGGUAUGGGCUGUUCUAUAAUACUCCUCUGAUAUCUGGCUGUCAAAAUACUGGACUAUUCAGGGCAUUUUCCCAGCAUGUACUACACAGACUAAACAUCACACAAGAAGGACCCAAGGUAAUGGAUACACUGGAUUCUGAGGAUGGAAAAAUUCGAGUCACCAUUCUUGCACGGAGCACGGAAUACCGGAAAAUCCUAAACCAAAAUGAGCUUGUAAAUGCACUGAAAACAGUAUCUACAUUUGAAGUCCAGAUUGUUGAUUACAAGUAUAAAGAACUUGGGUUUUUAGAUCAACUAAGGAUCACACACAACACGGACAUAUUUAUUGGAAUGCAUGGAGCUGGUCUUACCCAUUUACUUUUCCUUCCAGACUGGGCUGCUGUAUUUGAACUGUACAAUUGUGAAGAUGAACGCUGUUACUUAGACUUGGCCAGGCUGAGAGGUGUUCACUACAUUACUUGGCAAAGGCAGAACAAAGUCUUUCCUCAGGAUAAGGGCCACCAUCCAACCCUGGGGGAGCACCCAAAGUUCACCAACUACUCUUUCGAUGUAGAAGAAUUUAUGUAUCUUGUCCUUCAGGCUGCAGACCACGUAUUGCAACACCCAAAGUGGCCGUUUAAGAAGAAACAUGAUGAGCUAUAAAUAUGUUGAGUCUGUUUGCAAAAAGAGUAUUUAAACACUUCAACACCCAGACUUAGAAUUAAAUCAGUAAGGCAACCUGUUAUUCCCUAUCCCCAAGUUACCUUUUCUAUGCCAAAACAUACCUUCAGGAUAUUAUGUGUUUUAUAGACAUUAAGUGUUUCGUGUGGUUUUUGUGUCAUUGCUAUUUACCAAUAGCAAUAAUUUUGCACUGAAAACUUUGUAUAGUUCAAAAAUUGGGCAUAGACUCCCGGGUAUAAUUGAACUUUCUUUUCUUUCUUUUUUUUUUUUGAGACAGUCUCACUCUGUCACCUAGGCUGGAGUGCAGUGGCAGGAUCUCAGCUCACUGCAACCUCCACCUCCUGGGUUCAAGUUCUUGUGCCUCAGCCUCCCAAGUAGCUGGGAUUACAGGCGUGCAACAUCCAGCCCAGCUAAUUUUUGUAUUUUUGGUAGAGACAGUGUUGUGCCACGUUGGCCAAGGUGGUCUCAAACUCUGGGAUCAAGAGAUCCUUCCACCUUGGCCUCCCAAAGUGCUGGGAUUACAGGUGUGAGCCACCAUGGAUGGACUUGAACUUUCUCUUUUUAGGGAUACCAAAGUUUUCAACUUUAGAAUUUGUAAAUGUUUUUGUAGAAUAGUAUAUGAUUGUAAUUCCAGAGUAUUCCAACUUGUUUAUGAUAUAUUUGGGUAAAUUUACAGCUGCUCUUUUAUUUUCCAUAAUCUGGUUGUAGCACCGAUUGUGAUAGGAAAGGAAAACAUGCAAAACACACACACACACACACACACACACACACACACACAGAGUUGUGAUUCUCAGUACCAAGCUAUAGGACCAUGUUACAUAGAUCAGAGUUUAGUCAGCUCCAGGUGGUAUGCAUCAAGAACCUGAAUCAAUCAUGCCACUAUAUUUAUUUAUAUUUACAUGUUUCAUAUUUGAAUCACGUUUUCCUAAAAUGUAGCAACUACAUGUGAUAAAAGCAAAUUAGAACAUUCUUUAGGACUGUUUUGCAUAACUUCUAUCUGGUUUCCACUGAUUCCUUCUUAGCCAUGGAGAGCAUUUAAUGAUUAAUUUAUAUAUGAAAAUGUUUUCCAUUUUAUGUAUUUGUAAUUGCCUAUACCAGUGCAUAUGCAUCUACCUCUGUUGGCAUGAAAGUAUUCAAGUCUUUGAUUUCAAAAACUUCAAGUUAGCCUCACGAAGAGAAUUUUUCCCUAUAAAAAAGUAGGACCAAGAAAAAACAAAAGACAUGUGGCUUGUUCAAUCAAAACGAAAAAGAAGCCACAAGAAAGUGUCAUUGAUUAAAAAGAACAUGUAGCCCCACUCUUUGAAUGGGAUGCAUUUCUUACUGAUGAUGAACUUUCAAUUUAGUAGUCAGAAGCCAUGGAUUUAUUUUACUGCACAAUGUAAAGUUUACAUUUUCUUGACACUUGAGCAGUCCAAUUUAGAGACUGGUUACUUCUAUUUUUUAAAGUAGGGGGGUAGAAAAUUACAGCAUAGCUAAAUUUUUAAAAACAUUUUAGAGUUGGAAAAAAAUGCCUCAGAAAAAUGACACACAAAAUAUCUGGACCUUUAUAGAAGAUGUUUGCUGACCCCCCACUUUAAAGGAUUUAAAAAGUCUUUUAGAAUUGAGGACUAUUUAUUAAAAUACCUAUAAAGAAAAUAGUGAAUCACUGUAGCAAUAGCUUUGAUUCAGAUCUCAAAAACGUAUAAAAAGAAUAUAAAAACAACAUGUUAUGAAUUUUUAAAUGACAAGAAUUGCAACUGUGCAAAAUACUGAGUAACCACUGGGAAAAUAUUUCAGAUGAAAGGAAUGACAAAGGCAUGUUGUACGUUGUGUCAGCAAGGCACCGACGUCUGAAAAAUGAUCUGAAAAAAAAGGUUUCACAUUGGUCUUCUUACCUCAUUUUAAGAAGCAUGUGGAAAUGGGAUGCUAUAGACCAGUGGAAAUAUCAGAAACUGAGAACAAUUUUAUAAUAAAACUGCUAUAUUUGAAUAUUUUGCAUUUAAAGAGAGAAUACAUUUUAUAUAAACAAAAGUACAUUUGACACUUUAAUUAUGGAAUUAACUUUAUGAGACUUUUUGUGGGAACAAAAGGUCUUCAAAUUGUAAAAUGUAAAGAUUGCUCUUUUUAUUAUGUCUUUAAAAGGGAUGCAUUUCAUUGUAUGUUUUGGGUGUGGCUUUGAAAUAAAUCGUUUUAUAUUUUA